CCAAACAUCCCACUGACUGUUAGUAAGGGGGCAACAAUCCCCUUAUAUUUACAUGCCCCGGAGGGGACCUGAUUCCUGGGCACUGAGCUGGGGCUGGCUGGGGUCUGUGUCCAGGAUCCCUCCCUCCUCUGCUCUUCACUGGCCCUUCCUCUGCGUCUGUGUCACCAGCCGCCCAAGUAGGAACCGUCUCCUCCCCGACCCCCUUGUCUUUUCCAGCCCCCUCCCGGCUCCCCAGCUCACCGUGUCCCCGCAGCAGCCUGUCUACGUAACUAGAGAAGCUGUGACCCUGACGUGCUCAGCUGGGGUGUCCAACGUGUCCGGGAUCCGGUUCUUCAGAGACGACCAGAUAAUCCACUCCAAGGAUCUCCCCUCACCUCGGUACAGUUACACUGAGUCGAUUCCGCUGUCGGGGGUGUCUGGACGGCGAGCCGGAGCGUACACCUGUGAUUACUGGGAGAUAGAGUCUGGGCGAGCGAUCCCAUCAGCGAGGAGCCGACCCAUCUCCAUAGCCGUGACAGACCCUGACCCGGCUCCCCAGCUCACCGUGUCCCCGCAGGAGCCUGUCUAUAUAACUGGAGAAGCUGUGACCCUGACGUGCUCAGCUACAGGGGCACCCACCGUGUCCAGAGUCCGGUUCUUCAGAGACGGCGAGAUAAUCCACUCCAAGGAAUUCCCCUCACUUCCAUACAGUUACAGCAGCUCGAUUCCACUGUCGGGGGUGUCUGGAUUGCGAGCUGUAAAGUACAGCUGUGAAUCCUGGAAGACAGUGUCUGGGAGAGAAAUCCCAUCGGGGAGGAGCCGACCGAUCUCCAUAACAGUGACAGACCCCCUCCCAGUUCCCAAGGUCACCGUGUCCCCGCAGCAGCCUGUCUACGUAACUGGAGAAGCUGUGACCCUGACGUGCUCAGCUGGGGUGUCCACCAUGUCUGGGAUCCGGUUCUUCAGGAACGGCCAGAAAAUCCACUCCAAGGAAUUCCCCUCACAUCCGUACAGUUACACUGAGUCGAUUCCACUGUCGGGGGUGUCUGGACGGCGAGCCGUAGCGUACACCUGUGAUUACUGGGAGAUAGAUUCUGGGCGAUAUAUCCCAUCAGCGAGGAGCCAACCCAUCUCCAUAGCCAUGACAGACCCUGACCCGGCUCCCCAGCUCACCGUGUCCCCACAGGAGCCUGUCUACAUAACUGGAGAAGCUGUGACCCUGACGUGCUCAGCUGGGGUGUCCACCGUGUCCGGAGUCCGGUUCUUCAGGAACGGCCAAGAAAUCCACUCCAAAGAACUCCCCUCACCCUGGUACAGUUACACUGAGUCGAUUCGAUUGUCGGGGGUGUCUGGAUUGCGAGCUGGAGAGUACAGCUGUGAAUCCUGGAAGAGAGAGUCUGGGAGAGAAAUUGCAUCGGAGACGAGCCAACCCAUCUCCAUA